ACCCGUGACGUCAUCAGCACGCGUCUCACGUUAUCAGACCGGAUGUUUGACUUUUUGUUCCUCUAGUGAUUUAUUUGCUAACAAAUAUAGAUUGUAGACGUUAUCUGCAACCCGUAUUGUGGUUUAACAUCUCACAAUGUCUUUAAGUUACAAUGUAAAACGUUAGCAAGCCGUUCAUUCAACUAAACAGUCAGCCGAAUGAAAUCGCCCCAGACAAACAGCUGAAAAUAACAACAUUAAGUGCUUGUGUUGACUGCAUAGACUGAGUGCACCAUGGGUGCUGAACAAAGCGGAGAUGCUGAACAUAAACAUUCAGACUUCAGCGCUUCAGUUGUACCCUCUCCAGCCAAGCAUCGAGCCAAAAUGGAUGACAUAGUAGUUGUUGCCCAAGGCACUCAGUCAUUACGGAAUAUCCAUAAUGAUCCAGAUGUAAUAAAACUACAGGAAAUUCCCACCUUUCAGCCUCUUCUGAAAGGUGUGCUCAGUGGACAAACCUCUCUGAGCACUAUCUGUUUAGAAAAGCUGGAUUCGGCACAGGUGCUGCAGCUGUUCAAUGAGAUGUCGAUGAUUCUGAGACGCAUUCAGAUGGGCAUCGACCAGACGAUACCGCUGAUGGAGCGUCUCAACAAUCUGCUGCCUGAGAGCGAGCGCCUGGAGCCCUUCAGCAUGAAACCUGACGGAGAAAUCAAAUAGAGUCUGACAACAGUUGUUAAAUAGUUCACAGUACUAAUUGACUUUUGCUUUAUAGAGACCUACCUCAGGUCAUGUCUGGUUGUUACCUAAGGAACUUCUCACUUUGCACUGUGAAAGGCUUUUUGUGUGCCUCGAUCAGGUGUUAUCUGGCAUAAAACAAGUUACAUGGUACAAAAUGAAAAACUAUAACACCAAAAUGGUGUAUGUAUGUGUAUAUAUUUACUUAAAAGACUUAACUGAGUGGUUUUAAAGGGCAUGCCAACAUGAUUCUGCCUCUGAAAUUGAAAAUGUUAUUUAAUGAGAGGUCAUUCAUGCAUAUGAUGCUUUUGCACUUUAGAGGCUUUCUGUAG